AUGUCGCUCACCGUGCUCACAGACCGCACGGUCACACGCCUCCUUACGUCCCUAACGGCGCCCACCCUCCAGCCCAUCCUCGCCAGCCUCGGGUCCGCGCUGACAACCUACGCCCUCGACGGCGCCGAAAAGGCCCACCAGCCCCAUCGCGCCGUCGUCAACCGCGAUGGCCAGGUCAGCCUCUUCAUGCCCUCGUCCACCACGUCGCACAUUGGCACCAAGAUGGUCGGCGUCACGCCCGCCGACAGGCAGACCUCCAAGACGGCCGCGGGGCUCAACAGCGUGCUCACGCUCUGCGACGAGGCUGGGCGCGCGGUCGGCGUCCUCAACGCCGCCGGCCUGACGGCCUUUCGCACCGCCCUGGGCAUCAUGCUGCUCUACCGCUUCCGCGAGGUCACGGACAGCAUCGUCGUCUUUGGCGCCGGCAAGCAGGCCCUGUGGCAUAUUCUACUCGCGCUCGUCCUCAAGGGCGACGCCAUCCGGGAGAUUAUCAUCGUGAACCGCUCCCGGGAGCGGGCGGAGCAUCUGCUGCAGAGCGUGAAGCAGAGCGGCGCGUCGACGGACAAGAUCCGCAUCUUUGACGCGGAGAAGGAGUCGUUGGAGGACGUCGUCACGGCGGCUGACGUACUGUUCUGCACGACGCCCUCGACGGCACCCCUGUUUCCUGCCUCGUGGCUGCUAACGGAGCAGGCGAGGCGCAAGACGAGGUUCAUCUCCAUGAUCGGGUCGUAUCGGCUGGACAUGCAGGAGAUUGACCCCGACUAUCUGCGCAAAGUUGUCGACGCCGGGUCCGAGUUGGCCCAGGGUGUGCUGGGCGCACAGGUGGCGGUGGACACGCGCGAUGGGUGCCUGGCCGAGGCAGGGGAGCUGGCCAAGGCCGGUAUCGAGGGUGACAAGAUGCGGGAGGUGGGGGAGAUUCUAUACACGCAGGAGAAAGGCACCGAGGCUGAGCUGGAUACGUGGUUGAAGGGGGGGCUCGUGGUGUACAAGAGCGUGGGCAUUGGCAUCAUGGACAUUGCCGUCGGAUCGUCGCUGCUGGAGCUGGCCCAGAAGGAGGGCGCUGGUACUACGGUCGAGGACUUUUAG